AUGGCACGAAGUACUGUUGUGUUUAACACAAGCAAAAAGGAACUGUUUACACUGAACAAUGGCUUGAAGACACUCAACAGAAAGCUACGAUCUUCUUGGAGGGUCGUGUCUAACAGGGACGACAUCACAGCGGACAGACUUAGUCAAGCCAGAAUUUUUGUGAUUCCGGGCUCCAGGGAUAAAUUCACGGCAGCAGAGUUUUCAGCCCUAAAGGUGUUCCUGGAGUCUGGAGGCAGUAUACUUGUCAUGCUCGGUGAAGGUGGAGAAAGCAAGUUUGAAACAAACAUCAACUAUUUUCUUGAAGAGUAUGGUAUCAUGAUCAACAACGAUGCUGUUGUGCGGACAUCAUAUUACAAGUACUUUCACCCAAAGGAAGCCUUGGUGGCAAACGGUGUCUUAAAUAGAGCCAUCAGCCAAGCUGCAGGUAAAACAGUGCUUGAUGCUGGGGAUGAUAUUGGGAACAACACUCAAGCUCUGUCCUUCCUAUACCCUUAUGGAGCAACACUCAAUGUUGCCAAGCCUGCGGUAGCUGUACUGUCGACUGGCAGUGUUUGUUUCCCUUUGACCAGGCCUGUGUGUGCCUUGUACUCAUCCAAGCAUCACAAAGGUAAAAUAGCGGUAGUUGGCUCUGUGCACAUGUUUUCUGACCAGUACAUCGACAAAGAAGAGAACAGUAAGAUAUUGGAUGUGUUGAUACGAUACCUGACCACAGAUGAGAUCAAACUGAAUAUCAUUGAUGCUGAAGAUCCAGAGAUCAGCGACUACAGCCAGUUACCAGAUAUUGCCAGGUUGUCUGAGCAGCUGAAAACGUGCUUACAGGAGAGUGAUGACAUCCCACGGGAUAUUACAACUCUGUUUGACAACUCCAUGUUCAGGCUGGACACUUCGCUGGUUCCGAAAUCCAUCAAGGCUUAUGAAGAACUCAAGGUGAAGCACGAGCCAGUUACCUUGAUCACGCCUCAGUUUGAGACUCCUCUGCCACCGCUGGUUCCUGCGGUAUUCUCCCCUUCUUUCCAAGAGUUACCACCUCCUGCUCUUGAGCUCUUUGAUUUGGACGAGCAAUUUUCUUCAGAGAAAGUGAGAAUAGCACAGCUCACCAAUAAAU